GUUGUUGCAGUAACGUGAGAGGAGAGUAUGUAUUAAGAUAACUAGGCUUUAUCAUAAUGGUCGAGUGGGCCCCGUUGAGGAUUCCGAUAAAAAGACGAAUCCAGACUCUGGUGGUGAUGAUUCAAGUGUACAUGUUUCUAUUUGGUCAUAUAUUUGGGACCGUUUUACUUGUGGUUCUUCUAUUUAUUCCUUAUACCACUUUUGUUGCUGUUGUUUACGUUGGUUGGGCAUUCAUCUUAAAUGUUCGGACCCCAAGUCGCGGAGGACGCACAAUAAAAGUUGCUCGAAGGUGGAAAAUGUGGAAAUAUUUCUGCGAAUACUUCCCCAUCAGGUUGGUUAAAACUGCGGAUCUAGACCCCGAAAGAAACUACAUAUUUGGUUAUCACCCUCACGGAAUUAUUGGUCUCGGUGCACUUGGUAAUUUCUGCGGAGAAGCAACAGGCUUCUCAGUAAAUUUUCCAGGGAUCCAUCCACAUCUAUUGACGCUCUCGGUGAAUUUUAGGUUCCCUUUUAGCAGAGACUAUUGCAUGGCUUUUGGUGUUUGUUCAGUUGAUAAAGACAGUAUAGAGUACAUUCUGCAAAAGAUGGGCCCAGGUCAUUCAGUCGCCAUUGUAGUAGGAGGUGCAGCGGAAUCAUUAGAGGCAAGGCCCGGAAACUUUACGCUAACGCUGAAACACAGGAAAGGUUUCGUGAAGCUGGCCUUACGUUCAGGAGCAUCUCUAGUGCCUGUAUUUUCCUUUGGUGAAAACAACCUCUAUGAUCAAGUGAGUAACCCCCCUGGAUCUGCUUUGCGUCAGUGGCAAACUAAGAUGAAAGAUCUGAUGGGUUUUGCACCUCCACUUUUUCAUGGUCGAGGGGUAUUUCAGUACACUUUUGGAUUACUUCCUCACAGACAACCCAUUCACACUGUCUUUGGUGCACCAAUCAAAGUAAAAAAAACUCAAACUCCUUCACCAGAAGAGAUAGAUAAAAUUCACCAACAGUACAUAACAGCAUUAGAGGAGCUCUUUGAAAAACACAAGAAAAACUAUGGCAUCUGUGAAAACAAACAUUUGCAAAUUUGCUGAGUCAAGUUUUUCAUCAUUAUACUCAAUGACUAUGUUUUAAAAGUUAGUAAAUUUUGAGGUCUACAGUUUUAUAAGUGUAAAGAUCAAUGAAGUACAUUAGUCAUUCUAUAUUCCUAUUCACAUAAAAUCUUUUACAUAUAUAGUAAAUCUUUUCAUGAGCAAACUGGGUCAGUCAAGAUGGUUGGAUGUCAGUGUCAUUCCCUUUUUUUCCUUUUUAAGGACCUCUUCAUCUGGGUUUAAAAAAAACAACUAAUAUACAGUCAUCUUGACUUUACGUGUGGUCAAUAACGCAUGUAUAUUGUUCAAUUUGUUUCACUAUUAUGUGUGAACAGUAAGUUUGCUAAGGUGUUUUGGAAGUAUUGCCUUGUGAAGCAGGCUAUUUUAACUUCUAGACAUUGUGAGUUUAAUGUGAAAUGAUUUAUCAAGUAGACAUAGGACAUAGGAGCCCCACUUACAGGGCAAUAAAAUACCUCCUCAACAAAGUCAUUGUCGUGAAGUAAGUCAAACUUAUUUGUAUUAGUUAAAGGACUUUCUUUAGUCUUCAUUAGAUGUGUAGUUGCUGUGUUGCUGAACAUGCAUUGAGAUUACCCAGAAAUAAUGAAUGUGGCUAAGUGAGCAAAAUAUGUUAUAUAAAUUUACAACACUCUUACCUGCAUCUCACUACAUUUACUGAAAAGUAUGUUAACUAUAUUUUCUUACUUGAAAAACAGGAAGCAAUCUGUGAGGUUAAAGAUUUAACAGUUUAAUUUAUUGCUAAUAGUUUAUUGUGAAAUAGGAGACAAUGCCAAGUUCUGAAAAUGUUGUAAUAAGUUGUAAGAAAUCUGUAAUACUUUCACUACAUUUACAAUUAUUUAUUGUGGAAAUAGAAGGGCCUU